AUGACAGUAUUCACCACAAAAUUUCCCAGUUUCUUCAACUCCUUCACAACCAUGCCUUCAUUCAUCAUUGCACUCUACAUAAUACUCUCAGCAGCAUAUUUAAUCCCUCUAAGUUUGUGCCACCCCAACACAUGCCGUUCAUACUGCGCCAACAUAACCAUAGACUACCCCUUCGCACUCCAAUACGGGUGCGGCCACCCUGGCUUCCGCGACCUCCUUUUCUGCAUCAACGACGUUCUCAUGUUCCACGUCAGCUCCGGCUCCUACAGGGUCCUCGAAAUCGACUACGCCUACCAGGCCCUCACGCUUCACGAGCCUCACAUGUCCACCUGCCACAACCUCGUCCUUGGAUCCCGAGGCAACGGCUUCGCCCUCGAACCUUGGCGCGCUCCUUACAUGAACCCCGCCGCCGACAACGUCUUCAUGCUCAUCGCCUGCUCUCCUCGCUCCCCCCUCUUCCAGGGCUUCCCCGGAAAACACCUCCCCUGCCGCAACGUCUCCGGCAUGGGCUGCGAGGAGUACCUCUCCUGCCCCGCCUGGGAGAUGAUGGGCCACAAGAGAUUGGGCUCCGCCUCCUUCUUUGGGUCCGGCCCACCUGAGUGCUGUGCCGUUCCGUAUGAGGCUAUUAGGGGCAUUAACCUCACCAAGCUUGAGUGUGAAGGGUAUAGCAGUGCUUAUAGCGUCGCUCCGCUUAAGGUUGAUGGACCUGGGGGCUGGUCCUAUGGGAUCCGUGUGAGGUACUCCGUCCAGGGGAACGACGAGUUCUGUGGCGCGUGUGAGGCCACUGGUGGCACCUGUGGGUAUGGUUCCGAUGGGAUUAGACAGUUGUGUAUGUGCGGCGACUUCAAUUCCACCUCCAAUUGUGAUUCAGUUGGCAUACCAUCAGGAGCAAGGCCUACCUACACAGAGGAUAAAAUAUUAGCAGGUACUGACACCAAAGACUCUUUGACUAUUGACGUAUGUGCUAGUGUGGAUGACGACCAACCAGAUUUCAAAAAAAGUGUUCGUACAAUGAGAACGAGAGUGAGUUUUGAUUUGUAUUUCCUAUUCCCCGUUGAAAGGCUUGCUCAAACGUUCUUCAAAAAAGCAGGACGCAGUGAUCAUUUAGUAGAGAAUUGCUCAUCUAUUCAAUUUGUAGAUAGGGGACUCAGUUCCACCACUAGACAAAAGAAGUUUAAGAGUUAUAUUCUAAAGAAAAAAAAAAUGGUGCACUUUUUGAACGUUCCUGAAAACCUUAUUACCUGGCUAUGGCUAAUGUUGAUGUCGUCGUCGUCGUUGUUAAUCCCGCGUGCGGGUUGCGUCGGUUCGGGUAUACGCCAAACGGGUCUCACGUGCGGGGGUUCUGAGCACCCUGGAUCAAGCGCAUCUAAGUUCAUGGCCAUAAUGGACACGUUGUCGUUUCAGGUGAAAGAUCGAGGGUGGGGAGCGCAGACGCUGCUGGGUACUGGGCCUCCGAUGUACGCAUUGAGCCAAUGCCGGCGCGACCUGAGGCCCACGGACUGCUACACGUGUUUCAGCCAAGCGAGGCAGGUGCUGUCGCGGUGCGUGCCCCAGACAGCUGGCAGAAUCCACCUCUACGGCUGCUUCCUCCGCUACGACAACUACUCCUUCUUCCGGGAGAGCGUGGACCCCACUAGCGACAUCGGCAUCUGCAUGGCCCCGAUUCUGGGGGAUGAUGGGGGCAGACGGGUGGCGGCGGUGGUGUCCAACGUGACGAAGGAGGCGGCGGAGCACGGGUUCGCGGUGGACGGAGAGGAGGGGGUUUUCGCUCUGGCUCAGUGCUGGGCGACGCUGAAUAAAGGGAGGUGCCGUAUAUGCUUGAGUGAAGCGGCAAAGAAAGUGCAGGAAUGUGUGCCUAAUGUUGAGGGUAGGAGUCUAUUCACUGGUUGUAUUUUGAGGUAUUCAACGCGCAAAUUCUACAACGAUGCUGCAGAAGAUAACAUCAAGGAUUCUAAAGAAGGGCCUGAUGUCUGGAUGAUCGCUGCAUGGGUAUUAUCAGCGAUCGUAGGGAUUUUACUCAUCGUCCUUGUUGUAUUUAUAUGCUGCCAAAGAAUAUCGUCACGUAGUAAAGUAAGCGACAGUUGUGGUGCGUUACCUGAUUUUGCCUUCGUAGCUGGCUUCAGUUUUAGGUACGAUUUGCUUGAGAAGGCCACAAAUCAUUUUGAUCCGGCAAACAAAUUAGGCGAAGGAGGAGCUGCUUCCGUUUUCAAAGGAACCCUCCCCUCGGGGGGGACUGUUGCUGUUAAACGAUUGUUUUUUAAUAAACGGCAAUGGACAGAGGGGUUCUUCAAUGAGGUAAAUUUGAUUAAUGGGAUUCAACACAAGAAUGUGGUGAAGCUGUUGGGGUGCAGCAUUGAAGGUCCUGAAAGCCUGUUGGUUUAUGAAUUUGUGCCCAAUGGAAGUCUUGAUCAAGUCCUUUUCGGUAAGGAAUCAGAAAAUGCUCUGAACUGGGACCAACGGUUUCAAAUCAUAUGUGGGAUAGCUGAGGGCCUAGCGUACCUUCAUGAAGGCUCUGGAACAAAGAUCAUUCACAGAGACAUAAAGUCGAGCAACAUUCUAUUUGAUGAGAAUCUAAAUCCAAAAAUAGCUGAUUUUGGUCUUGCUCGUAGUAUUACUGAAAAUAAAUCUCUUAGGACAGGAAAUUCAAGGACACUGGGAUAUAUGGCUCCUGAAUAUGUUUCAAAAGGACAAGUGACAGAGAAGGCAGAUGUCUAUGCUUUUGGUGUGUUAGUUGUUGAAAUUGUUUGUGGUAAGAAGAACAAUGAUUACAUACCGGGGUCAACUUCACUACUUCACAGCGUGUGGAAGAAUUACAAAGCAAAUAAUAUAACAGCAUCCGUUGAUCCUGCUCUGCACGGUAAACAUACAGUAGAAGAAGCAUCACAUGCGCUCCAAGCUGGCCUUCUUUGUACACAAUCAUCUCUUGCUCUCAGACCAUCCAUGUCUGAAGUAGUUCAGAUGUUAACCAAGAAAGACUACGCUAUUCCCUCCCCAAAGCAACAACCAUUCCUCAAUUUCAGUGGUCUAAGUCAAAAUGACCGCUCUCUAUCCUCAAGUUGGCAUGAUGCAAGUGCAAGGUCCUCCUUCCACAGCACCACCAGUUCACUAAUUCCAAAUGAUGAUUUAACAGUACUGGAGAAAACUGAACGAGGCACCUGA